UCAACAAAAAAACGUAAAUUCGUUGUAUUUCUGCGAAAGAAAAACAUUCAUUAGCCGUUCUAUGGGCAGCAAUUGUUUACCAACAGCCAAUUUAUAAUUGACAAUUAUGUCUUCCCUAAUUGUCCACGAGGCAGCGCUGUGGGUAGCAACUGUCAUUCCCAUUUGCAUGCAGCGGCAAAUAGCAAAGCAGUCCGGUGAAAAGAUUUUCGGAAUUUUCUUCAUUGAAAAGGUAUUCUGUCGGUUUUACAUCGUUCACGCUAAAUCCAGCAUCUCUAACCUCAACCACCAGGAAAUCACCAUCAUAAUGGCACACACCAUUUUGCUGCUCCAGUUGAACUCCGAGCCGACUUCCCGCACCUACAUGGACUUUGAAAGUGUUUCAAAGUGUGUUCAGGGUAUACGCUUGAUAUACGAGAAGUAUCUGCAGGGUGAUAAUGACGGCAACCCAGAGAUCGGGUGUUCUUACAACCAAAAUCAGCUGAAUGCAUUUAUCGACGAGUUUUUUGAUAUUAGCUGCCUCGUAUACGUUAGCGAAUCAAAUUCCUACGUGCCGCGCAACAAGGAAUGGAUCAAAAUGAAAAUCUUUUUCGCGAUGAAUUAGAGAACAUUUUUAGUCAUCUAGAUUAGGCGUACAUCACGUAUCUACAUCACGAUGCGUGUCAAAUGUACUUUACUUAUUAUUCACACUUUGAUUUACUUUCUGUGAGGACAGAAUACCAGCAACAACUACGUGUAUGUUCGUGUACUCUAGAACAUCUAUGAACAUAUUGCAUUGUACAAAUGUUAAAACCGAGUUGCGUUACGAGUUGUUGUAGAAUGUUUGGCCUAGGAUAGCUUUAUGCUAAGAAAUAGACAAAUAUCAUCUCUUGUCAAAUAUCAAAAGCAAGGCAAACUUCGAAUAAAUAUUAACACCUAUCUGUUUGGGUGUUUUCAUUCUGCAAAACAAAUCUUGUGAGCGUAUUAUCUACGUUGAACCAAUUAGAGAAUUGUGAAAACAUAAAACAUUCAAAUCGAUCUCAAAAAACUAGGUACGUUUGCUACACUGCCAGUGAAAGAAAAACGGUGAAGAAUUUGCCGCUCUGGCCGCGCGUUCCCAUUGGAUACAAACGGCCAAUUUGUAAUUUAAGAUUCUGAGUUCCGGCUAUCCGCUAGAGGGCGCUGCCCGUACCGGUGGUCAUAUGCAGUGAAAAAUUAUUUGCCGAGCAGGCACACAAUCGGGAUGUUUUAGAUUUUGCUAAUUUAAAGGAAAUUUAAGCCUAGUUGGGAUGAUGACUAGUAAACAGAUUAGCAAUACGUCGGUGUGUUUCAACGCUGCAAUCUUUUAUUUUUCUUCAGCAUUGAACGGUUGUCUGCUUUCUUCUAUCAAUUAAAUUUUACAUUGUGUUGAGACAGGUUG